CUUAACUAGUCGGCUAAGCCUAAUAUUUGAGAUAAGUUCAAGUUCCGCCUAUAAGACAGGAGUAAUAAUGAUGAUCAUCUUUGGGAACGUAAAAUUGGAUCCAUUAUGGACUAACGUGGCUUUCAACGUCGACUUUGGAAGGAACAUGAGUGUUGGCAGGUAACAGACCAAUUUGCACCUCUCGUUCUGGUUGCAUUCUCAUAUAAGAUCGAUCUUGGGUUCUGAGCUCUCCCAGUGAAUGCUAAAUGAAGUUGAGUAGAAGGAUGAUCUCUGAGCCCAUCCAACUAUACACGCCCUCGCUUAGCGAUCUACUCACUUUGACUUUCGAUAAUGCUGGAAAGUGUGCUACGGUCUUUUCAGGAUCAGCGGGAGAACUUAACAAGUACAGCCAUCAUGGAUCUCUUGGGGUGUGUAGUCAUCGCCCUCGCUGGCUACAUCAUUUACCAAGUUUGGUUCCAUCCACUGUCCUCCUACCCUGGCCCAUUUGUCGCCAAGCUGACCAACCUCUACUCGGUGGUUCACGCCAUACGCGGCGAUCGCCAUGAGGACCUAUACCGCCUGCAUCAACGCUAUGGGCCCGUUGUGCGAAUCGGCCCGCAGCGCGUUUCCAUUCUGGAUGCAAAGGCGUUGGAGCCCAUCUAUGGCUUCCAUGCCAACGUUCAGAAGGCCAAGUCGUACACCAUGUUUUAUGGCGUGAGCAUCUUCACUGCCAUCGAUCGCACAGUGCAUGCCCGCAAACGUCGUGUCAUGUCUCAUGCUUUUUCCAGCCAAGCAUUACGUGGGAUGGAACCUCAUAUCUUGUCAGCCAUCCGCGACUGGUGUGCCGCUUUGAUAGAUCGGCAUCCCGAUGAGCAGGUGCCAUCUGCGCCCUCCAGUCCUGGCAGCUGGUCAAAGCCCAAGGAUAUGGUGCACUGGAGUUCCUGUGUGAUCUUCGAUGCGCUUGGGGAGAUCUGCUUCGGCAAGACAUUCAACACCUCUGUCAGCGACGCCAACCACUUCUUCUUCCCGCUGAUGGCCUUGAACCUCCGUAUCAUGAACAUUUGUGGGCAGAUGCCUAUUCUACGCUCCCUGGGUUUUGAAAAGUAUCUUCGGCGUGGCACCGUCGCCAAUCGCCAGCGACAGAUUGGUUUCUCCCGGCAGCAAUUGCGGACUCGGCUGGCCGCAGAGUCCACCCAGCGUCGAGAUAUUAUCUACUAUCUGCAACAAGCACGGGACCCAAAGACCAAUGAAGGCUAUUCUGAGGCGGAGUUGAUGUCAGAGGUUAUGACAUUGCUAGGAGCCGGUAACGACACUACGAAUACAACAUUAACUGCCAUCUUCUACUACCUUGCUCAUAAUCCAGCUUUCCUUGCCCGGCUAAGCGCAGAGAUUCGUACCGUCUUCCCUACACUGGAGGCGAUCGUUGCCGGUCCCGAUCUGUCGCAGAUGGCUUACCUCCACGCUUGUAUCGAUGAAACCAUGCGUGUAUGCCCGCCUGUGCCUACUGAUCUGCCACGAGAAGUGCUCCCUGGAGGGCUCCGAGUAGGAGAGUGGCAUUUCCCAGCUGGCACGGUUGUCGCGGUUCCCACCUACGCGUUGCACCACAGUGAAGAACACUUCGACCGCCCCUUUGUGUACGAUCCAAGUCGGUGGCUAUUGUGUGGCAGCAAAGGCACUGAGCAAGGCGAGGGGGCGAGUGCUGAGGUGCUCAGUCGGCAGCGACAGGCCUUCGCACCUUUUAGUAUCGGACCGCGAGCGUGCAUCGGGCGGAAUGUAGCCAUUCUCGAGCUCGAGCUGACUAUCUCCCGGGCAUUGUGGAUGUACGAUAUACGACUGGCACCGGGGACGGAGCAGUUGGGCGUCGGCUACCAAGGAGAAUACAAGAUCAAGGACCAUUUCGCGGUUGGAAAGGAGGGCCCUGUGCUGCAGUUUCGGAUGCGACAGAAAUGAGGUUGUUUCUUGAUUGUGUCUCGGGCGGGAGUUCAUGGUUCGCUUCAGAACAAGGUCAUUCCCCAUUCCAUUAAGGUUCCUAGCCAAGUGUUUCUGAAGCAUGUGUACUAGCAAAUCGCUGGUACUUUCAGUUGUCCCGCCCCUAUCGGGGUAUCAUGAUAUCAUUGAACUAUAUUUAUA